AUGCCCGGAGUUCUCGAAAAUCGAUCAGGUGACUCAGGCUUCGACAGCUCACAGGUGGAUUUGCAGGACAAAAAUGGAGCCCAAGUAGUUUUCAACGAGCAAACUAACUAUGUGCCCAAGCGCACGAUCAUCACGAUCUUUUUGGCAUGCUCGACCGUCGACCUUGUGGCCCUGAUGGACCAGACGACGCUGGCUUCAUCGUUAUCUAUUAUUGGCAACGAUCUGGGUGCCAGCGACCAGACAUCAUGGAUCUCCGGUGCAUAUUUUGUGACAUCGACAUGUUUCCAACUUCUCUAUGGGAAAUUGUCUGACAUCUGGUCACGGAAGCUUGUGCUCUUCGUUGGCCUGGCGAUUUUCUUCAUCGGAUCCCUUGCAGCAUCUCUCUCGCAAACUGUUACCCAGCUUAUCGUCUUCCGCGCGCUUACCGGCGUUGGUGGUGGCGGCCUAAUGACCGUCGCUCAGAUGAUCGUUAGCGAUGUUGUACCUCUCCGUGAGCGGGGCAAAUACCAAGGCAUUCUAGGUGCCGUGGUCGCCAUUGCAAAUGGCAUCGGUCCAGUAAUUGGCGGUGCACUAGCAUCUAUAUCGCAUGAUUCCUGGCGCUGGAUCUUUCGUUUGAAUUUACCUCUGACAGUAAUUACAACGCUUUUUGUGCUCUUCUUCAUGCCUCUUCGCAAGGUGGAAGGGGAUUGGAAAGUCAAGGUGAAAGCAAUUGACUUCUUUGGAGCAUUUCUUUCCCUUGGAGGCACCUCGGUCCUACUUCUUGGAUUGAACUGGGGCGGUGGUGAAUACCAAUGGGAUUCUGCACAUGUCGUUGCAACUCUUGUGGUGGGCUUUGCGAUCUCCGUGGUCUUUGUGGUAUGGCAGUGGAAGGGCGCGCGAAACCCCUUGGUACCAAUGCAUAUCUUCAAGGAGAGGAUCGUGAAUGGUGCAUCCUUGACCAUGUUUAUAAACGGAUGGAACUUUCUGGUUCAGGUGUACUAUAUCCCAACCUUUUACCAACUGGUAUUUGAAUAUUCGACUGUGAAAGCGGGCGCUAUGUUGCUUCCUAUUACCUUGAUGCAAACUGUGAGCAGUACUCUUUCAGGUCUCGUCGUACAUUGGAUUGGACGUUACCGAGAGUGUAUUCUCUUUGGAUGGGUGAUAUGGGCGGUUGGACUGGGGCUUUUUUCCACUCUGGAUCAAUCAUCUGGAGUUGGAAAGCAGAUCGGAUAUGGAAUUUUGACCGGCGUUGGGGUUGGGAAUACGUUACAGCCUUCUCUGAUCGCGAUUCAGGCCGGUGUCGAGCGACGAGAUAUGGCAGUAGUAACCUCGUUCCGAAACUUUGCCCGGAACCUCGGUGGUACCCUAGGUCUUGCCGUUGCUGGAACUAUCAUUAACAAUGUCGUUGCAUCGUCCAUUUCCGUUCUCGGUCUCGAUCAAGCUGAUUCUCGGUCAUUGCUCUCAAGUCCUCAAAAUUACCUGUCCAGUCUCUCAGCCGAGGAAGCCAAAAAUAUUCGCGAUGUUCUGAUUCCAGCCUACAAGAAAGGCUUUCGAAUAAUUUUCAUUAUUGGGGCAGUUUUAGCAGCACUAGCUUUCUUCAUAGCUAGUUGGCUCAUCCCACAAAUUGGGCUUAAACGGGUCGAUGAUGAAAAGCUAAAGGAGGAAGGGAAGAAGCGCAUGAAUAUCAAUCAUGAUGAGGAGAAGAAGGGUUGA